GGAAAAGAAAAAAAAUAAACCACCGUGGAUCACGCGGGGGAGGCCCCAUUGCCGGAAGCCGAUCUCCGUGCUUCGGGUUUCUCGAGAAAUUGCCCGGAAAUCCCCCACCUCGUCGACUGCUCCUGAGCUCUUCCCCGAUAGACCCCCCACUGCAUCCUCUGCUCGUCCCCGCGGCUCCUGCAAUCACUGUUGUUCUCGGCGGUGAGCAACAGGACUUGCUCGCUCCUCAUUCUGCUGAAGUUCUUAGAUAUUCUUGGUCCACUCCUGUUGUCAAGUUUGGGCUUCUACAACAGCUAACUGGUUAAUAGUGACAUGUCUGCAAAGGUGCCAAGGCACCAAGAAAUUACCUCUAGUGGCAUGGCAGAUUGGGCUACUCUUCAAACUGAUAUUGUUGGUGUAAUAAUAAAGAAGCUCGCAAUCCCUGAUUACAUCAGAUUUCGUGCUGUGUGCACAUCUUGGAACCAUGUCUGCAAGGAUGUUUCAUACAGUCCAAGGGUGGACCCAUGGCUGAUGCUGCCCCAAAAUCCGAAUCCGCUUGGUGCUCAGUUUUUUUGCAUUCCUGAAAGAAAGAAUCAAAACAUCCGUCUCCCUAGUACUGCCUCAUUUUUCGGAUCUGUCUGGGCUCCAGUUGGUUCUUUGAAUGGAUGGCUUAUCUAUUUCAGUCAAACUUAUGGAACCAUGCAGCUGGUCAACCCCAUCAGUGGCAGCCAGAUCCAACUCCCCCCAAUCGGACGCAGGCCCUUUGCUAAGGCCAAGCUGCUUGAAAUGAACGAGAGGAACUUUAUCGUUGUUGUCCUCUAUGGUGACGAGAAAGGUUAUAAAAUAACACGAAAAGGAUCCAAUAACUGGUCUACAGUCGAAUCAAAACACAUUUUGGAUGAUAUCAUCAAACAUAGAGGCCGGUUGUACACGUGUGAUAUGUAUGGUACAGUUGAGUUGUGGGCUGAGCCGCCCCGUGCAUGGCCAGAUGAGGAAGUCGCGCAUCACUGGCAGUGGAGGUUUCGCUGUCUGGUGGAGACCCCAGCUGGUGAUCUGAUAAGGGUUAAGCGCCAGAGUCAGAACAAGUUUGCUGUUUGUACCUUGGACAAGGGGACCUUUUCCUGGGUUGAGACCGAUAACAUCGGGGAUCUUGCACUGUUUGUGAGCCACUACAACUCCUUCUGUUUCCCAGCCAAGGACCACCCCAACCUGAAAGCAAACUGCAUCUACUUCAUCGACAUCCACAACAACCUGUGUGCGUUCAACCUUGAGCAUGGUACAAAGGAGCUUGUCAAAGCCCUUGAAAUUGGCCCGGGCCGCAAUGACCACUACCGGCAGCCCCAGCGAGACCAGCUCUUAUGGUUCAUCCCUUCACUUAAGUAAUGACCACUACCGCGCUGCAAUGGCGGUUUUUCCCAAGAUGGAGGUCGUAUGGUAUAGUAGGCUCCGAUGGCUCAGAAUUCCAAAGUAUUGGACAAUCUGCUAUGCAUUGUACUAGUUUAUAUGUCUCUGAACUUCUAAGUAUUGGACGUAAUUGUGGUAGUUUGUUGCUAGAUCAACUGUGUGAACAUUUGAACUAUUCCAAGCUGUGUGUACGCGUGUAUGAAUUUGGAACUCCGUUUCAAGCUGUUUCAGUUUGUAAACUA